UAUUUUUCAGCCCCCUUUAUCAAAACCUGAUUUAUCUCUGUCGUCGUUCUUCUUCUCCGCGAGCCAUUUUUUCUUCUUCUUCUUCUCUUCUGAUUUCUUCUUGCUUCAACUAGUUCUUCUUCUUCUUCUUUACAAAGGGGUUGAUAUACCAGCUUUUGACAGCUCUAGUUAUUACAAUAGGUUUUGCAUCGGUGAAGGAGACAUGAAUUUUUGGGGUGUUGAAGUAAAACCAGGAAAGCCUUUUACUCUUGAACACAAUGACUUGAAAGGACGCCUUCGUAUUUCAACGGCCACUGUGGGAUUGGGCACUGCAACAGCGAAAAGCACCCUGCAGUGUAAUGUUGGAAAUAGGAGCCCUAUGUUAGGGAGUAAUAGUCAGGGCAAUAUGCGUCUAUCUGUUGAGCAAAGUAGGGAGACAAUGGAGGAGGAUGGAAACAAGAGGGAAGAUGCAAAAAUUGGUGCAGCAGGAAUAAAGGUCAGCAUUUAUUUGACUGAAAAGUUGAAGGAAGAUGGAGUAAUAUUUGAGUCAAAUGCUGACCAAGCUCCUCUCGAAUUUUGCCUUGGCAAAGGAAAAGUUAUUGAGGAUUUGGAUGUGAAAGUUAAAGUUAAGGAAAUGAAGGAAAAGAGGAAAAGUCAAGGCAAUGUGAAAGUUGAAAAUUCUGAGUUGGAGAAAAGAAAAAAACACAGACGAUGCCUCUGAAGAUAGGCAAACUUGCUUGAAGUCAUAUCGUCUGCAUAAUUGCAGCAACAACUUGCUAUGAUUUGGAUUUACAAAAACUACUAUGCUUUAAAAUUUCGUUCUAGAUUCACAGUAAAAUUAGUGUUAGGUUGCAAAUAGAUAUGCUUCACAGUAAAAUGUUGACAAUACGACAAAAUUUCCUGUUAGAUUCUGAAUGAAAUAUUUCUUAAAUUAAAAUAUUCAUCCGAUUUAGCCUUUCUAGAAUCACGCUUCACGGAUGGUGCUCAAUUCACCAAACAAUUUUCUUCUUUGGGAUAGACAUCACAUGGCCAGAAUUGAGAUGAAAUAAUCAUUUUUAAAUAUCUAAUUUGGUACAUUAGCAUCAACAUAUAUUUUGACACGAAUAAAGACAAAGUAAAAAUGGAGAGUAAUUGUUUACCGAAAAACAAAUGGAGAGUGAAAAACGAAUUGGAGGCACCAAAAAUGCAUAAUAUAUUGGCAGAUAUAAAAUAUUAAUUAAUAAGCGGUUUUUAUCUCUUUAUUUUUUUUUCUCUGUCCCUGAUUCAGAUCCUUUUUAUCUCCUCUCCUGCGACGAAGAAGACGUCGCCUUUACAACCUUGAAAUAUUGUUCGUGUAUG